AUGUUGAUGAGCAACGUGGGGCCCGCGGGCUUGAACUUUCCAGGCGUCGAAGAAGAGAUAAGAAAAUACUAUCGCGAGCCGCCGGUGCCUAAGGACGCGGGACUGUGGACAGAAAGAACUAUAGAGGUCUUCUUUGCUUGCGAUGCGCUCAAAGAGGUGCAAGAAGCCAUUGCGACCGUUUAG